AUGUGCUGUCUCCACCCACCGGCCGGCUUGGGCCUCAAUCAUUCGCCCCGCCCUCCACCGGCUCCAUUCCGCCUCUCUUCCUGCUCUGCUCCGCCAGGCGGCAGCCACCCGUCACCACCGCUCAGCCAGUCCCGCUGCCACAGCGAAUUGGGCCAGGGGCAGCCUCCGUCCGUCCGUGCCACCCUCCUCAUGACGACGAGGCCAGACGGCAGCGGCAGCGCCGCGCCCGCGGACAAGCAGCUCGUGCCGGCCUCCAACGGCAACGGCAACUCCGGCGCGCUGGCCGUCCGCAAGGCGCCCUCCAAGGACCGCCACAGCAAGGUGGACGGGCGUGGCCGGCGCAUCCGCAUGCCCAUCAUCUGCGCCGCCCGCGUGUUCCAGCUCACGCGGGAGCUCGGCCACAAGUCCGACGGCCAGACCAUCGAGUGGCUGCUCCGCCAGGCCGAGCCCUCCAUCAUCGCCGCCACCGGCACCGGCACCACGCCGGCCUCCUUCUCCACCUCAUCCCCGUCCUCCACCAGCCCGCACCCGCUGGCCGCCUCCCCCACCGGCGGCCUCCCGCACGCCGCCUCCGCGCCCUUCAUCCUCGGCAAGCGCGUCCGCGGGGACGGCGCCGACGCCGAGCCCACCGUCGCCGCCCCGGCACCGGGGUUCUGGGCGCUGCCGGCGCGGGCCGACUUCGGCCAGCUCUGGAGCUUCGCGGCCGCGCCGGAGAUGAUGGUGGCCGCGGCCGCCGCCGCCAGGGUCGGCAACUACCUCCCCGUCGCGCAGGGCAACCUCAACCUGCUCGCCUCCUUCUCCGGCGGGCCGGCUCCCACGGCUGCCGCCGCCACCGCCGGCCGGGCCGAGGAGGAGACAGCACGCUGA